UAUCUCCAAUAAUUGUGGAAAGUGGGUAGGGCUACGCUUUUGAUGAUACAAACAAAACGGGUAUGGGGAGAGAGGGGGAGAUGGAGAGAAGAGAGGGAGAAUGGGAAUGGGUUGUCAAUUUUUUAUGAGGAUUACGGUUACGGACACUAAAAGUUUCCGGCUGCAUUCGUCCACAUAAGAAAUUGUGCGAAAAGCGAUUGCGUCAAUCGUUCAUUAAAUAAGUGUCUGUUACCCCAAUUAAGUUAUUAUUAAGCAUGCAUGUGGCAGAUAUCAUACAGCGUGACAUUCUACAAGUAGACGGGAUUGCUGCAUAGUCCAUGAAGAACAAGUGACGAUCUGAAGGUCAUUUUAUUCCUUUUCGACUAUAUAUCGAUUUUGACUCUAUCAGGUGAAAGUGAAAUCGUCAUGUUCGCACGCUUCCAACUAGUGCCAUUAAAACUUGAUCUCAUCUUUAAAACCCCUCAUAUUCAUGAGUGGCUUUGAAAUUUGCAUUGAAACUAGCUGGAUAAUGACCUGUCGACACAAAACAAAAGUUUAACUCAUUGGAGCAAGGAGAUUGUUUUCCUCAAGCUCAUUCGUCUUGUAAUAAUUCGCUUACAACGCUGCAUGUUGGUUGCAAGAUAAUUUAUCUCGAAUUUGAAUAUUGAUCGACAAACUAUUGAGAGUAACGUUUACCGUCUUCAACAUAUUUGAUGGUUCAGUCCAGAUCUUUUCUGGCAGGUUAUGUGGUUUGAGUUUAUAAUUCACUUCACUCUUACAUUUAAAAAUUUAAAAUACAUUUUCAGAUGAAAGAAUGAUGUAACUAUCAGUGAACAAUGAUGGAUAUCUCCGAGUUGGUAGUUUGAAAAAUAUUAUCCAACCACCUGUCGCGGUAUUCCUUCUGAUUAGGAGAAAGUAAGUUUCAAGAAUGGAAAAACGGGGCAAGGAGGCUUGGUUCGACGCCCCAAGCAAACCUGUCAAAACUUUCGAAUCUCUUGACAGGGAGAAUGCACCAUCCAUGGAUAAAACUGACUUUAAGAUGUCUAAGGACGAAGAAAACUCGGUUCUUUUUCUCGUUGGAAGUCGCAUGGCAAGCACCGGUGCCCACGGGAUCCCUAACAUCCAGCGAGCCUCAAACCUAUGGCGCCGACUCAUCUGGGUACUGCUCUUCUGUGGUGGAGUCAGCGUGGUCGUUUGGCAGGUAACGACCCUUAUCAUCACCUUCUUCAACUUUGGCGUCGAUGUCAAUAUCGACUACGUCCGACAGCGUGCCAUUAACUUCCCUGCAGUCACCGUCUGUAACCUUAACCCUGUGCCGUUAUCAAAGACUGGUUAUGUCUUGAAUCUAGCGUGGGGCAACCCAAACGCGACAUCUAUGUUCAGAGGCUUACUACCACAGAACCAAUCUGCGGUUGCGACACAAAACCAAACAACUACAUCAGAGUCUUCGGGAUAUCAAGACUGGGGUAACGUAAACUUUGAUGAGUUAGAUUCCCGUGUUAGCCACUUGGAGGUCGCCCAGGGUAUCAUUGGUAGCGCGGCGUAUGAGAACCGGAGUGAAACCGGGCAUGACCUCGAUGACAUGCUUCUUGAUUGCGACUUCGAGAACUAUCCAUGUACACCGGACAACUUUUCACACUUCUAUAACUACCUGUACGGAAAUUGCUACACCUUUAACUCCGGAGAAUUCGGGAAGCUUCUCACAGUGUCAAAAGUAGGACCAUUAUAUGGCCUUUCUUUGGAGCUGUACAUCCAGCAGAGUGAGUACAUAUCAUCCCUACAGCCCUCGGCGGGUCUACGGCUUCUCGUACACGACCAGAACGAGAUGCCCUUCCCGGAGGAUCAGGGGAUAAACUUGGCCCCAGGAGCCCAUGCCUCUGUCGGGUUGUCAAUGGUUUACCUGGAAAGAUUGGGCACACCUUACACGAAUUGUUCUUCUAGAUUCAAGCCUGGUAAUAUCUUCAAAGAUAAAUUCCAUCACCUUGAUUAUUCCAGAUCAGCAUGCGAGAAAGAUUGUUAUUUUAAUGAAGUAAUGAGAGUGUGCGGAUGUGCCGAUGUCAAGUACAAUUAUAAUGACUCUGCUACACCUUGCGACUCGGACAACGUGGCAUGUGUGACUGAGGUCGAGAACAAUUACACAAGCGGCAUGCUUGUAUGUGGCUGCACAAUGCCCUGUAGACAGCACAUCUAUGAGAUCACAGUGUCAGAAGCUUCUUGGCCAAACAUGGGGUACACGGAAACUGUUGAAAGGAACAUUGAAGGUGUGUCAGAUGAUUUGAUGAAGAAAGUUCAUGAUGAGGGUGCCGAAUCUUUUAUAAGUAACAACGUUCUGAAAGUAACCAUAUUCUACGAGAGUCUCCAGUAUGAAUACAUUUAUCAGACAGCGGCAUAUGGUAUAUAUUCCCUGAUCAGCGAUCUCGGUGGCCAGAUCGGUCUCUGGAUUGGAGUCUCUAUCCUCACCAUCUUCGAGUUCAUCGAGCUCGUAUACGACCUCAUUAAGCUCAUCUGUCUCAGAGUGACGGAUCCGCACAUGAAGAAGAAGAGGUCACAAAAUAACUCGAAACAAAAUAACGUCAUGUCCCUUGAAGGGCGGGCAAACAGCAUCUUUGGUGAUCGCUGACGGCACAGGGAUAUCCCUGGGUAAUCUAAUUCUUCGUCGAGUCAUAGUAACUCAUCAUCAGCAUCAUGUGUUGAAAUACCUUAUGGAAUCCUGAAGCAAGCGAACAGAGCUGAAAGUCCUGAAACAAGAGAAAUCACAUGACAGAAUUCAAUUGCAACAAAUAUUGACGCAAGUAUGACAUUUCGAAGGACUGUGCAAGUGACGUCAUAAUGUAUACAUCAAAUGGUUAUUUUUUUUGAACAACCGAAUGAGGAACGACAGUACAGAGUAAAUUAUGCCUUAUACAGACAGUCUUUCUUGACGCAGUCAUCAUUUUUAUUUUAAAUUAUGGAAUCGUCGACCAGAUACAAGUGUUUCGUCAUCAGCGCCAAUAUUUUAGACGAAUGCCCACCAUAGCAGUGGCCUCGACUAAGGCGUAGAGUAACAGUGUAUUUGUCAACUGGUCUUUUUUAAAUGUAUAUAUGGGCUGAAUUUCUUGAACAUUAAUGCAAAUUAUUCAGAAUUCUAUUUAGAUUUAGCUGGAAAAUGUCAGUAGUGUUUUUGCUGAAAUAAGCUGCGCUGGGUGUGUCUGCGUCUUGUAGUCAACAACUGGAUGUGGUGACGAAGAUGAAUUAUUUUUAUGGUUAGCUCAUCGAUGCGUUAAUAUUCUUCAAUGUAACUGUGUUUUUUUUUUAAUUCACAUGCAUGUGAUUUCAAUAUGCCAUGACAAUUUUACAAGAUUCUGCUAGUUUGUUCUGUCUUCUGGUUUUUCGCAAUAAUAUAGUUUCGUAAGUUCAAGAAUUAUUCUUGGAACAUUAUUAAUAUUUUGUCUUUCGGCAGGUUUUCUUUCAGCUGUUCAUUAAGAAAAAAAGAUUAUACUUAAUUCAAGCUAUGUUACAUGAUUUACUUAAUUCCAACAUUAAGAAUGCAUUGUUGAGUGUGCAGUAAGUAUCCAUGUACGUACGAUUAUCUGGUGAUCUGUUGCAAUAGGGUAUUUAAAAUUUGGAAUAUAAUUUGGAUGUGGUUUCCACGGUACAACUUUAAACAGCAAUCCAUUGAAGGCAAUUUAUCGCAUUUUUGUGCAGAAACGAAUGUUACGAAACGUUGUUGAAGAUUCAUCCCAAAAUUGUUCAUAAAUAAGUAUGGAUACUUUGCUCCGCGACAAUUGCUCAGAUGUAAAAUAAAAUCUAAUCUCCAAAACGAAAUAAACCCUAAUACUUAUCUUUAUAUUAUUAUGAACCAAAAACUCUAUUCCAAUCCUAACCCUAUGCCCUCUGAAAUAUUAAGACUGGAGCAAAUGUCAGUCACCGAUCAGUUUGUCUUUGGUCAAUGAGACUGGACGCUUUAGCUAUAUGACGCCCUCUACAUGACGUAGUGGUUAUCAUAAUAGAAGCUCACUAAUAAUGUAUAUUAUGCAAAUAUACCAGGCUUUGAGUAAGUAUAGCGGGAAUUAUUCCUGCGAGGUUAGACUGGCAUUACUAUUUUUUCCCCGAGGGCCGAAGACCCGAGGGAAAUAUAGUGAUUAUGCCAGUACAAUCGAGGAUGAAUAAUUCCCUCUAUACUUUCAUAAAACUGAUCGUAAGUUAAGAGCGACUUUUUUUUUUCAAUUUAAUUUAUUUAUUAGGUAAAAAAAUCAUAUGAGUAGAUAUAUACAUUGUAAAAUGUGAGGAUCAAACACAGCCAGAGGCUUGAAAAGCAGGGGGAUCCAUAACAAAUACAUUACAGUAAUACAAAUACAGGUGAUCCUUUCUUGUGGUAAAUGAUAUUCACCAUUAAAUGUUCAUUGGUGAUUAUU